AAGGUGACCGAAUACCGAUAUCACAUUCAAUGUUCAUUCACUCAAUUAGUCGUUAUAGAACAAGACAGCUGAUUGGAAUUGUUUAGUGUGAUCAGCUAUAACGAUGAGUGUCCAAACGGAUUCGGAUAAACGCAAGCAGAUAUCGGUUCGCGGUAUUGUGGCUGUGGAAAAUGUAGCAGAAGUGAAGAAGGCUUUCAAUCGUCAUGUCCAUUAUACUUUGGUGAAGGAUAGAAAUGUUGCGACCCCAAGAGAUUAUUAUUUCGCCCUUGCUCACACUGUUAAGGAUCAUCUGGUCUCCCGGUGGAUUCGUACCCAACAAUUUUAUUAUGAAAAAGAUCCAAAGCGAGUUUACUAUUUAUCAUUGGAAUAUUAUAUGGGACGCUCCCUUCAGAAUACCAUGAUAAACUUAGGUAUUCAGGGUACAGUAGAUGAGGCUUUAUAUCAACUAGGCCUAGACAUUGAAGAGUUGGAAGAACUGGAAGAAGAUGCAGGCUUAGGAAAUGGUGGUCUUGGUCGUCUGGCUGCCUGCUUUCUGGACUCUAUGGCAACCCUCGGCCUGGCUGCUUAUGGAUAUGGUAUCAGAUACGAGUACGGUAUCUUUUCUCAAAAAAUACAAAAUGGCGAACAACAGGAAGAACCGGACGAUUGGUUGCGUUACGGGAACCCCUGGGAGAAGGCCCGCCCGGAGUUCAUGCUCCCCGUCAACUUCUACGGACGCGUGGUCGAUACUCCACAGGGCAGGAAAUGGAUCGACACUCAGGUGGUGUUCGCGAUGCCGUAUGACAACCCGAUCCCCGGCUACAACAACAAUGUGGUCAAUACCCUGCGGCUGUGGUCAGCGAAGAGCCCGGUCGACUUCAACCUAAAGUUUUUCAACUCCGGUGAUUACAUUCAAGCCGUGUUGGACCGUAACGUCGCAGAGAACAUAUCUCGUGUGCUCUAUCCCAACGACAAUUUCUUUGAAGGAAAAGAGCUGCGGCUCCGACAAGAAUACUUCAUGUGCGCUGCCACCCUGCAAGAUAUCAUCAGACGAUACAAAGCAUCCAAGUUCGGCUCUCGCGAAGCCGUGCGCACCACAUUCGAUAGUCUGCCGGAUAAAGUGGCCAUUCAGCUCAACGAUACCCACCCAGCAUUGGCAAUACCGGAACUUCUACGCAUAUUGAUCGACAUCGAGAAGGUUCCAUACGAUGAGGCCUGGAAUCUCGUCGUGAAAUGCUGCGCGUAUACAAACCACACUGUCCUGCCCGAGGCGUUGGAGAGAUGGCCCUGCUCUAUGUUGGAAAAUGUUCUCCCGCGACACAUGGAACUGAUCUACCACAUUAAUUUCUUACAUCUCAAAGAAGUAGAGAAACGGUGGCCGGGCGACUUCGACCGUCUCCGUCGCAUGUCGCUCAUCGAAGAAGAAGGCGAGAAGAGAGUGAACAUGGCGCACCUUUGCGUGGUCGGCGCCCACGCUGUCAACGGCGUGGCAGCCAUCCAUUCUGAUAUCCUCAAAGCGACCAUAUUUAAGGACUUUUUCGAGAUGUGGCCGGAAAAGUUCCAGAAUAAAACCAACGGAAUCACUCCUCGCCGUUGGCUGGUUUUGUGUAAUCCGGGAUUGUCAGAUCUGAUAAGCGAUAAGAUCGGAGAAGAAUGGACGGUUCACUUGGAGCAACUGAAGCUGUUGAAGCGCUGGUCGAAAGACCCGGGCCUACAACGUGCCGUGAUGAAGGUGAAGCAAGAGAACAAGUUGAGAUUGGCUUCACUGAUCGAGAGAGAUACCGGCGUGAAGAUUAAUCCUGCGUCCAUGUUUGACGUCCAAGUGAAGCGGAUUCACGAGUACAAGAGACAGCUGUUGAACAUCCUGCAUGUCAUCACCAUGUACAACCGUAUCAAGCGCGACCCUAGCGCCCCCUUCACUCCUCGAACUGUCAUGAUCGGGGGUAAAGCAGCUCCGGGCUACUACAUCGCCAAGCAAAUCAUCGCCCUGGCGUGCUCAGUUGGAAACACGAUCAACAACGACCCAGAUGUUGGAGACAAACUGAAGCUGAUCUUCCUGGAGAACUACCGCGUCACGUUGGCAGAGCGGAUAAUGCCGGCCGCAGACCUGAGCGAGCAGAUUUCCACUGCAGGCACGGAGGCUUCGGGUACCGGCAACAUGAAGUUUAUGCUAAACGGAGCUCUCACCAUCGGCACCAUGGACGGAGCCAACGUCGAGAUGGCAGAGGAAGCCGGGGAGCACAACAUGUUCAUAUUCGGCAUGCGCGUCGACGACGUUGAGGCGCUGCAGAAACGCGGAUACAACGCGUACGAGUACUAUGAGCGCAACGCAGAGUUGCGACAGUGCAUCGAGCAGAUCCGCAGUGGUUUCUUCUCUCCAGAGGAGCCCGGCAAGUUCUCCAACGUGGCUGACGUGCUGCUGCAUCACGACCGCUUCCUGCACCUCGCAGACUUCGACGCCUACAUCGAGGCGCAGGACAAGGUCUCCGCCGCUUACCAGAACCAGUCAAAAUGGGCUGAGAUGGUGAUUGAGAACAUAGCUUCGUCCGGAAAGUUCUCGUCGGACCGCACCAUCGCCGAGUACGCUCGUCAGAUCUGGGGGGUGGAGCCUACCUGGGAGAAACUCCCCCCACCUCACGAAUCUGCUUAGAUCAUAAGCAUCAAUAUGCAUGCUCUUAGAAAUUUCAAUGCAUGCAUUAAAAGUAGUAAUUUUUCAAGUUAUUAGGAUUAAUUGUUUGUUAAUACUUUAACUACCGAAGAUGAGAUGUCUGAAAAAUUGCAAUAUUAACAGGGUUCACUUUGUGUUGUUGAUUGUGGUUUAAUUAUAAUAUUAUUUUAUUAUUAUAUUCUAGCCCCCUUAUUCAUAAUGGUCCGCUAACUUAAACAGCCGCUAAGGAGUGUUUUUUCUCAUUCUCACUUAGAUCAAUAGAAGAAGACAGAGUGAGAAUUAGCAAUGCUUUAAGUUAGCAGACUAUUAUGAAUAGGGGGGUAGUACUUUUGCGGUGCUUAUAUAAACAACGCACUUAAUGAUAUUAUUUAAGUUUUUAUAUCUAUCAAUUAAUAUUGUAUAUUUAUAAUGUAAUUUCUUUCAUAAAGGUAUUCUAUUAGAGUUUCUUACUUUUUAUAUAGUUAAAAAGAUUGAGAUUAUUAUGUAUUUAGAAAAAAAACCUAAUUAGAAUUAAUAUUUUGUAUUAACAUUGUGCAGCCUCGAAAGUUCCUGUUACUAACAAAAUCACUGUGCCAUAAUUUAUAUUCUUGUUAUUAUUAUUAAAUUAAAUAUUUUUAUUAGAAAAUGAAUUUUGUACAAAUUUUUCAUUAAAUUUCUAUUAACAAACUUACCAUUAUACUUUAUAUUUUUAUAUUAAAGUAUUUUAUAUUUAUUACACUGCCACAAAUAACUACAUAUUAUUUUAUUUGAUAUAUUAUAUAAAUUUAUAAUAUUUUUAGUAAUUUUGCAAGUUACUAAAUAGAUUAUUAGCUCAUUAAUUAAUUGAUGUUUGUUAUUUAAUAAAGUUUAUUCGAGAAA